CCUACCUCAUGCUCAUGCUCACCCAUUGGCUCUAGCACGACUUGACAAGGACCCCCAUGUCCCUUCUCAAGGCAGGCCUCAGGAGCCUGCCAAUAUCCAGCUCACUGCGCGCGUCGCCGAUCCGACGCGCGUGUCAGAUACCCCGCGCGUUCCCUCCUCGCCACCGUCCUGAUUCUGGGUUCAGGACGUACCAGCAUCUUGCUGGGAAGCAGCCACCUCCCGGGGAAAAGACUCCUGCACCAGCGCCGCCAUCGGAAGGCGCGAAACCAACGACACCAGUAGCCGUACCCAAACCAGCUCCCGGCGAUCAUCCUUCAGCGGCUGAGCAGAGAAGGACGGACUGGAAGAUCGUCAAGCAGCUCAUACAGCACGUAUGGCCGAAGGGAGACUGGAAGACGCGAGGGAUCGUGGUUCUGGGCUUUGGCUUGCUCAUUGGGGGCAAGCUCCUCAACGUGCAAGUCCCCCUAAUCUUCAAGGAGAUCGUGGACACCCUCAACGUCGACCUCCCCGUGGAGACCACCGUCUGGGCCGUCGCGGGCACCCUCAUAGUCGGCUAUGGCGCCGCGCGCAUCGGCGCUAACGUCUUUGGCGAGCUGCUGAACGCUGUGUUCGCGCACAUCGGGCAGCGCGCGGUGCGCAAGCUCGCGCGGGAGACGUUCGAGCACCUGCUCAAUAUGGACAUGCGCUUUCACCUCGCGCGGCAGACGGGCGGGCUCACGCGCGCCAUCGACCGUGGGACGAAGGGCAUCACCUUCCUGCUGCAGGCGAUCCUAUUCCGUAUAGCACCGACGGCACUCGAGAUCUCCAUGGUGUGCGGUAUACUGACCUACAAGUUCGGCUGGGACUUCGCCAUCAUCACGGCAGCUGCCUUGGGCGCUUACACCUGGUUCACGAUUCGGACGACUUCUUGGAGGACGCGGUUCCGCCGAGACGCGAACAAGGCGGACAACAAGGCCGCCUCCGUCGCCGUGGACUCGCUGAUCAACUACGAAGCUGUCAAGAACUUCAACAACGAGAAGCACGAAGUCGCAAUGUACGACAAGCAUCUGGCGGACUACGAAAAGUCGUCCAUCAAGAUUACGACGUCCCUCGCCUUCUUGAACUCGGGCCAGAACGUCAUCUUCUCCGGCGCGCUGACCAUGGCAAUGUGGCUCGCCGCGGAUGGUGUCCUCAGCCACCAAAUGACCGUCGGCGACCUCGUCAUGGUCAACCAGCUCAUCUACCAGCUCUCCCUCCCGCUCAACUUCCUCGGCACCAUCUACCGCGAGAUGCGCCAGAACCUCCUCGACAUGGAGGUCCUCUUCCGCCUCCGCGAGGACCACCCGCCGCCGCCCGCCAACCCUAACGCGAAGCCGCUGCACCUCACGAAAGGCGAGAUCCGCUUCGACAACGUGCACUUCGCGUACGACCCCGCAAGGCCCAUCUUCCGCGGGCUCUCCUUCACGAUCCCGGGCGGGAAGAAGGUCGCAUUCGUCGGGCCGUCCGGCUGCGGGAAGAGCACCAUCUUCCGCCUGCUGUACCGGUUCUACGAGCCCGACGCGGGGCGCAUCUUCAUCGACGGGCAGGAGAUCCGGGACGUGCACUUAGACAGCCUAAGGAAAGCGAUCGGCGCAGUGCCCCAGGACACGCCCUUGUUCCACGCGGACGUGCUGCACAACGUGCGCUACGGCCGGCUGGACGCGACGGACGAGGAGGUGGUAGAGGCGGCAAGGAAGGCGAACGUGCAUGAGCGGAUCAUGCAGCUGCCGCACGGGUACGCGACGAAGGUCGGCGAGCGCGGGCUGAUGAUCAGCGGUGGGGAGAAGCAGCGGCUGGCUGUGGCGCGGGUGAUGCUGAAGGACCCGCCGAUCUUGUUCUUUGACGAGGCAACUUCAGCGCUAGACGCACACACGGAGGCAGAGCUAAUGCGGAAUAUCAACAGCACACUGCUUGACAAGACGCGGACGAGCGUGUUCAUCGCGCAUCGGUUGCGGACAGUCGUCGAGGCUGACCUCAUCAUCGUCUUGAAGGACGGCCAAGUCGUAGAGCAGGGCACGCACGAAGAACUCUUGCGGCGUGGCGGGCUCUACGCGAGCAUGUGGCAGCAGCAAGUCUCCGCAGAGCUGUUCGACAACGAGCUACUUCAGUAGCUGACGUGGUACUCCAGUCUAGUCGACGUUCGGACGCAUAGAGCGCGACGUGUCGGGACUCUCAUCUGCCCUGUAUUUCUAGUAUGUAUACCUAUGCUACACGGUGAGGAGUGGCGUAAUCUGAGUGGUGGUUGUCCAUGAUUGCGAUGGAGGGGGUGCUAUACGAGCAAGUGGAAUGACCAGGCGACGGCACGGAGUUACAGCAUGCUACACAAAGGAAGCUACAACAUGCCGCCGACGACGCCGACAAUAGCCUUCGUGCCGAUACGAACGUGUCGCUUGUCGCCUUGCCACGGGCCAGCAUGCGCACGGAGGUUGCGCACCUCCUCUGCGAGGCGGCGCCGCAGGUCCAUGAGCGCAUCGGGCUGCCUAUUUGGCGC